AUGCAAAGAACUCUUGAAGACGAAGAGAAUGGAGUCGUCAGUGGAGCCUCAGGCAGAGAAAAACAGCUUGCUGAGGAACAUAGUAACAAUGAUGUUAAGGCAGGAAUAUCUACUACUGUGCAGAAGCACGAUGACGGAGAUCAAAUUCAAGCUUCAAGCAAUGAAGCAAGUGUCAUUGAGAAACAUGACCCUGAUAAAAAAUGUGAAGAACACCGAAAUACGCAAGAGGUGGAUCAAGUUCAAACUUCAGCCAAUGAAGCAAGUGUCACUGAGAAGCAUCCUUCUGAUAUUACAAGUGAUGAAUGCCUAAAUGCACAUGAAACAGAUCAAGUUCAAACUUCAACCAACGAAGAUAGUGUCACUGAGAAGCAUCACUCUGAUAUUAGAAGUGAAGAAUCCCAAAAGACACAUGAAACAGAUCAAGUUAAAACUUCAACCAACGAAGCAAGUAGAACUGAGAAGAAUCAUUCUGAUAUUAGAAGUGAAGAAUCCCAAAAUACACAUGAAGACGACCAAAUUCAAAGUUCAAUCAAUGAAGGAAGUUUCACUAGUAAGCAUGAUUCUGAUAUAAGAGGAGAACAACGCCAAAAUACACAUGAGUUCAACUGUGCAGAUCAUGACCAUGAUGUUAGAGGUGGCUUUGGUUCUAAUAAUGACGUUGGCACAGAAACAUCCAUGAUAAAAGGAGAUGCUGGAAGUACCGAGCCAGUUCUCAAAACUGAGAGUUGUAGAGAUCGUAGUGAACAGAAUAUUGAUUUGAACGAAUGUGGCCCACUGGACAUGGACACUAGACAGUUUGGUGAGGGUAUAAAUGCACAAGAAACUGAGGAGCAUGCUCAAAGACCUGAUCACAAAGUUUUACAUUUAUUGCUACCAUGUUCUCCUAUAGAAACUGAUAAUACAACCAAGGAUAACAAAGCUGGAGAAGCAGUUAGAACAGCUGACCUUUUAACUCCUGAUGCUGCUGCAGCCGGACAGAAAGAACAGCAAGAUUUUUUGCAUCUGAUUUGA